AUGACCUUUGCGUCUUCGAAUCUCUCUCCUACUGGACGUCCGCGGGAUCCCGUCUUGACUGCUCAUGGCAUUGAUCAGGUGAAGCAGCUAGCAGACUACUUUGUCUCCUUGCCUCCAGAGAAACGACCGCAGAUGAUCGUCUCCAGUCCAUACUACCGGUGUGUGCAGACGGCUGGGCCGAGCGCAGAGAAGCUCGGGUUGGACAUCCAUAUUGAGCCUGGCAUCAUCGAGUGGUUCCCUAGAGCUGCCAAGGGUAGUGGCUUCCAUCCUCUGCCCAUGCGAGUAGAGACGGUCUCUCGUUACUCUCCUCGCGUCGCUGCAAAGUCCAAGUGGUCGCCUCUAGCUCAUCCCUUCCGGCGCGGAGAGAACAUUCAGGAAGUGCACGCAAGGGCCCGGAGAGCUCUAGGCUUGAUUAUCGAGCGCUGUGAACAAAUGGGGGUGCAGAGAGUAUUGCUCGUCAGUCAUGCUGCGACGGUCAUUGCUAUGGGCAGAGCACUGAUGGAGCGGGAAGGGGAGGAGACGACAGAUUGGGAGACGGGAGAGGGCAUUCGUAUUGGAGCUGGUACCGCAAGUCUCAGUCUAUACGUCAGGGGUGAGCAAGCCCGGAAACUUCAUGGCCUCGAGGGCCCGGGAGAAGAGGGCGUCUGGCAACAAGUGCUCAAUGGAUCGGCGGAUCACCUACCGCAAGGGGUAGAGAGGGAAUGGACCUUCGACGAUAUACCCGGCAACGUCGAGGAGCCAGGAAUGGGAGUCGGAUGGAAAGACGAGGAGGCUCUGGAAGAAGCUGAGUUGGACCGCCUAGAGUAUGCAAUGGUCAAGAGCGGCUCGACAACAACUAUCUCAUCUAAAGCGCAUAUGUAA